AUGGCGAGCUACGAAACUGAACACGCUCGUGAUGCCCCUCAAACCAACCGUGCUCGACGGCCGGAUCUCUCCUCUCUGAAUGCCCUCAUCACAGAAAUUGCCCCGGAAGCACGAGAACGAAGAACAAGAGAGCACGCCGUGCCAGUUCCCGGAGACAUUUCUGCUGCCUUCACCCAGUUUGCUGAUGCUUUACAAGUCAUGCAAAGAGAGAACGAUAAUGCAGACACCGAUCUGCUUCAGAAUAUGAUUUCUAAUCUUCUAGCAACAGCCGAGCGACCACCGACAGAAGUUAAAGGUGUCGACGAGGAAUAUAUUGCAAAGCUAGAAAGAGUCCCUAUCAAGAAGGUCAAGUCAGAUGCGGAUUGUCCAAUAUGUGGCAAUGAAUUUAGAGAAGAUCCUCAUCCACUGCUUGUGCGCUUGCCUUGCCACGACUCUCACAUCUUUGACAUGGAAUGCAUCAGGCCGUGGUUGCUCCUUAAUGGGACUUGUCCUCUCGACAGGGUGGACCUAGCUAAGAAAGAGAGAGAUAGGAAGCAAAAGCAGCUUGACGAUAUCAAGAAAAAUGCUGCUCCCGAGGACGAAGAAGAAGAGUGGGAUGGUCUAUACGGUUAA